AACAAGUGUGAUUACACCAGGCCGGUGCCAGCAGAACAGGAAAAGUGUUUCCAUCUUCAGUGGAAAUGUGUCUACGCAUGGAUUUCUCCUAUUUUUGACAAACUGACUGAAACCAAAGGGGCAGGAAUUUAUCUCACUUUGCACUUAUUUGGCAAACUGGACGACGAACAAUGUUUGGAAUACGAGGAUCAGAGACUGACACCUGAACAGAGAGCUGGCCAGCAUGUCAUCCAACUCCACGGCCGAUAAUCUGUGUGCGUCGGACGAUAACCUCUGCAGAGUACGGGAGUACCAGCUGGAAGUGAUCAUUGUCCCCACGCUGCUCCUCUUCGCCACCGUGGUCACCCUGCUGCCCCUGUGUCUGCUGACGUUCUGCUGCCAGAGGGAACGGACACGAGUGUCGCUGCCGCGGCCGCACCACAGCUCUGCACACAGACGCAGGAAAACACACAGACACGACCACAGACACGAUCACAGACACGACCUGCAGGGCAUCGACGCGCCACCUGGGCUGAACCCUCUGGAGCAUGAAGAGCUGCCGAUGAGAGCUCAACCUGUGCAGCAGAAUGUCAAGCCGGUUUUACCUGCAGUACCACAGACGCCCACAGGGGGGCGGCCUGGAGCCUUCAGCCAGGUCGCGGCGUUGCCACAGGGUUUCUCCAUCACUGAGGGGUCGGUGAGCCUCUACAGGGCCCGCAGGGACGACAGGAGUGUCAUCCUGAAGGUGCUCAAAGAAACAGCAAACAGCAGUGAGAAAGAGCACUUCUUGGGGUUUGCAUCCUUCUUGUCUGGACUCGGCCCCCACCCCUUUAUUCCUGCACUGGUGGAUGUUGUUUCGAUGCAGCUGCCGUUAACCAUAGCGGUGGAGGAGCUGCGUCACAGAGACCUGCUGGGGUUCCUCUGGACCUGCAGGCAGGAAAACUCAAGUUAUGACAUGACAGAGAAGAGGAUCUUCACCAUGGCGGGACAAGUGGCCUCUGCCCUGGAGUAUCUCCACAGCAAGUCCUACAUCCACGGCAACGUGGGAGCUCGCAGCGUCCUGGUUGCUGGAGAUCUGACAGCUAAAUUAUGGGGACUGGGCUCGGCCUACCGACGGACGACACCGGGACCCGGGGACGAGACGGAGCUGAGGAAAUGGCAGGCACCUGAAGUGCUGGCCGGAAGAGCCGUUGGUCAGAGCAGUGACAUAUGGUCCUUUGGUAUCCUCCUAUAUGAAAUGGUCACACUGGGUGACCCACCUUUUGCACAUGUCAUGACUACUGACCUUCUGCAGUAUCUCCAGAGAGGAAAGCACCUCAGACGACCAGCCAGCUGCUCCAACUCGCUGUACUCCAACAUCAGAUCGUGUUGCCAUUGGCAACCGCAAAGACGGCCAUCGCUGGUGGAAUUAAUCAGAGCUCUCCAGGCGGGAGAGAGAUCAGCCAAUAACACAACCGUGAUAAGAGUCCCCGAGAUGCUGAACUUUGAGAAAUACUUGAGGGAAGCGGGAUACGGAGAGACGUACAAUUACGCUGUGCUCUGAUUGGCCGUGACACCGGUCAGGUUUCUGCAGAGCUUUGAGGGGACGAGGACGGCUGCUAGAAUAAAGACAAGGAAAAGAAGGAUAUAUAUAUAUAUAACUUACACAAUUAAGUUUUGUUUUAUAAACCAUUUCUUUUGUACUUGUUUAAUGUUUGGACUCUUUAAAUUAUGUUUUUUAAAGCACAAUCACUUUAUGUGUUUAAAAAGGAAGUACAGUAAUUUAUUUUAGAAGUAUGAGUUUUGUAAAUGGGCAAUUGUUACUUCACUGCAAAAACUCAAAAU